UGAAAGGCAAAGAACAAGAAAAGACCACAGAUGUGAAAGCAAUUAAAACUCCAGUACCUGUACAUUCCUCUCAAAGAAGCACUAGAAAUCAUGCCUUGCUGGAGGCUGCAGGACCAAGCCAUGUGGCAAUUAAUGCCAUCUCUGCCAACAUGGACUCUUUUUCUAGCAGUCGGACAGCUGCCCUUAAGAAGCAGCCAAGUCACAUGGAAGCUGCUCAUUUCGGAGACUUAGGCAGAUCGUGUCUGAAUUAUCAGGCUCAAGAGACCAAAUCAAGCCUUUCAAAGACCCUUGAACAAGUUCUGCAGGACAGUGUAGCCCUCCCUUAUUUUAUCCAGUUUAUGGAACUGCGCAGAAUGGAACACUUGGUUAAGUUUUGGUUAGAGGCUGAAAGCUUUCACUCCACGACGUGGUCCCGUAUAAGAGCACACAGCCUGAACACAGUUAAGCAGAGCUCACUGGCGGAGCCGGUGUCGCCCUCAAAGCAGCAGGAAAUUGCAUCUUCUCCCCCUGGAUUGCUUGAGGAGAGACUGGAGGAUGCUAGCACUGUCCAUCUGCUCAGGACCAGAUCAGUGACUCCAGACAAGAACGACAGAACUCGCAACAGCCGGAACCACGUGCUCUCAGGUCAGGAGAGCGAUGAUACCAGCGUUCUUUGUCUAAGAAAAUCCGAGACAGGGACACAUUCUGUUCCUGCUGAUCAUCAAGAAUCUUCCAAGCUUACAGUAUCAAAUAGAAACAGUCCCUCAUCUGCACUAAAAGACUUGUCAGGAAAACUAAUGAAAAGUAUAGAACGGGAUGCAGUUAGUACUUUUACCAAAUAUAUUUCUCCUGAUGCUGCUAAACCAAUACCUGUUACAGAAGCGAUGAGAAAUGACAUAGUUGCAAAAAUUUGUGGGGAAGAUGGACAAGUGGAUCCUAACUGCUUUGUUACAGCACAGUCCAUAGUGUUUAAUGCAAUGGAACAAGAGCACUUUAGUGAGUUUCUGCGAAGUCAACAUUUCUGUAAAUACCAGAUUGAGGUGCUGACCAGUGGGACUGUUUAUCUGGCUGACAUACUUUUCUGUGAAUCAGCUCUGUUCUACUUCUCUGAGUACAUGGAGAAGGAAGAUGCAGUCAAUGUAUUGCAGUUCUGGUUGGCAGCGGAUAACUUCCAGUCUCAACUUGCUGCCAAAAAAGGCCAGUAUGAUGGGCAAGAAGCACAGAAUGACGCCAUGAUUUUAUAUGACAAGUACUUCUCCCUUCAAGCCACACAUCCUCUUGGGUUUGAUGACUCUGUGAGGUUAGAGAUUGAAUCCAACAUCUGCAGGGAAGGUGGGCCUCUCCCUAACUGUUUCACUACUCCCCUGCGGCAGGCCUGGACUACCAUGGAGACGGUUUUUUUGCCUGGUUUCUUGUCCAGCAACCUUUAUUACAAAUACUUGAAUGAUCUUAUCCAUUCAGUUCGAGGAGAUGAACUUCCAGGAGGAAACAUUGCACUGAAUAUUCAAGGGCCUGGUGGCUCUCCAGACAGUGAUUCCAUAGGGGGCCCUGAUGGCUCUGCCUCCCAGUCCAAUGUCAAAAAGGCUAAUGUUAAAAUCCUGAAAAAUUUUGAUGAAGCAAUAAUUGUAGAUGCUGCAAGUCUGGAUCCAGAAUCUUUAUAUCAACGAACAUAUGCAGGGAAGAUGACAUUUGGACGAGUCAGUGACCUGGGGCAGUUUAUCAGAGAAUCUGAACCGGAGCCUGAUGUCAAAAAAUCAAAAGGUUUGCUUUCAGUGUCAGUAAACAGCCACAGAACUUUUCCUUACUUCAGUCAAGAUGAUUCUUGACUCUUUCCAGCUCUGUUUAGAGCCAAACAGAAAUGCUUAGUGAAUUGUCCUGUUCUGAGGCAAAGCCCAUCUCCAGCCAUGUUCUUUAGCCAAGUCCUGCUUCUCUCGUCCAGCUGGGAGUACGAGCAGCCUGUGGGAGCUGGAGCUCUCCAUGGAACGUGGCAGGGAUGAAAGCCUCUUGCAGCUGAGCUGAUCAGACCUUCAAAGGUUUGGUUUCAAAAUGAAAAAGAACCUCAGCUCACCACAUGCUUCCCUUCCACUUUAGGAUCUGCUGUUAAUUCUGCUUUUCCACUCUGCUUUCUGGGAAAAAGGAAUGAUUUGGACUUGCUGCCAAGAGAACCAUGGCUCCCUCUGUUCCCCUGUCUUUCAUGCCUCUCUUGUGUUCUCUGGCACAGCAGUGCAGGCCAUUCAGAAAUGUAGAGGGAAGUAGCUCCAAUAAGGAUGUGCCACAGAGCUUGCUAAUAUAGCUUUUUUUUUUUUUUUU